CCCGUAUCUAGAUUCACAUUAUUGUCACAGUUUUCUGACGUGGUGCUAUCUUUGUUAAAAAUUGAAACACAGAUCAAACGUCACGAAACGAGAGAAAUUACUUUGCUUUUUCCCGCGCUGUUUGGCAGUUGUCAUCUGGAUCUGGUGCGAUACUCGAGAGAAAGAGGUCAAAACCCCAAAGACGUCACUGGCCCAACAGCACAAGAGAUUAUGGUUGUGAUUGGCUGACACCUCAUGACGUCAUGAGAUCUUGCCUGCAAUUUCGCCCAUGAAAAGGAUUCGCUUAGUGUUUGAAAUUUUGAAAAAACAAAUGGGCUAGGGCUGAGGUGGAGAUAUCGUUUUUUGACAUUUUCCUUUAUUUAUUCAAGUUUUUAUGUCUCCUUAACUACGAAGAAAAAAAUCACAUUGGUUUGGCCUAGUUUGCUGUAAAAGAACUGUUCAUGAUGGAAGAUAGUACCCCAGCGACUCCUCCAAAAUGGAAGCGGCCAGACGAAGUAAUGAGACUGCACUUGCUGAAAAAGAGAAGGGCUCUCGCAGCACGAAUGAGUUGUAAUAGUUCUCUUACAGAGUUUAAGAAUGUAUCGGACAGUUUAAAUUCAACUUCUGGCGACCCUAAGCCACCACCUAAUAAGAGAAACUGCUUUCGACGCUCAACUUCAGGUGUGAAGCGAUCUGUCGAUGGAACCCCUGUGCUUGCAGAGUUAGAUGCUUCUAGUGAUAACACAUUAUUUCAUCUUCUUCAAUCUGAUAGUGCUCCUGCACCUACUGCCAACAGCACUCCAACAUCAUUUUCCAUUAUAUUUAACUCGUUCAAUGUAGAUAAAAGAAAAAGUGUAACGGAAGCAACUCCUAGAAGCAAAGGUGCUGCUCAAGUUCCCAUUGAUUGGACUUUGCGAACCAAAGUUCGUUUUAUGUCCCCCAAGCCAUUUCCUUUUAAUGCUACUCUACGGACGUGUGAGGAGGCCUCUGGAAUUACUGGGUUUGUAAGGUGUGUAGACACAGGCCAAACAACUUCAUCCCUGGACACUAGUCCUAAUGCCCGCCUUCAUCAAUGUUGUUUGGUAUGGCAGCAUCCUUGGCUGCCUUGGCUAGACCUUUAUCCUCGUCAGGCUGCCAAAGUUUCAUCCACAUCAGAUGCCAACUUAAACAUAGCUGCUAUGCCAACCCUGCGAGAUAGCUUGCAAAGUGACUGGUCCAAAAGUUUUCAGUCUCUAUUUCAGCUUGUUCGAGCCAGGCAGUGUCCAUACUUUUAUGUCUGUGCUAAUAGCUUUACCUGUCUAUUUCGUGCAGCAGGCAUAUGUGGGGUAUCAGAAACUCAUGCUCUUAUCACUCCUACUACUAGAGGAUUCAGGCAUUUGCUGAAAGAAGAAGAUGUAGAAUUUACUAUGCCCCUUAAAAAGAAUUCUGUGAAGCGUAAGUCAGUGGAUAGUGAAUCUGGUUAUGAGACAUUAGACUCUGUAAAUAGUGAAACAAAUUCACAAUGUGGAAGAAAAGAACCAAUGGACAAUGAAGAAGGAGCAGAUGAUGAAAAAGAUGUUGAAGAAGAUGAUGUGAGCAAUGACAAAUGGCUUGAAAGCAUGGGUAUUGAAGCUGCAGAAAUUCGAAGGCUUAAUACUGUUCAGGUUCAGCAAAAAAUGGACAAGGAGCGGGAUAUUGACAAGACCCCUGAGUCACUUAUAAUGGUUGAGGGUGUUGAGGCCCAAGCUCUAUUUAAUUUCCUUCUCAAUUGCAAAUCGUGCACUGCAACCACCGGACCAUUAGCAGGGAUUCCUCCAACCCUUCUUGCACCUGUUGCAUUUCAUGGUGCAACUUUAAGACCCAAUAAGGUUCGUGUAAGCAAAGUCCAAGUGGAAACCACAAGCUACCAUUCAGUGGAGCUUCAAGGCCCAGUUUUACCACAUGCUGUUCUUGGUCUUUGUGAUUUGUUGAAACCAACUUGUGAUCAAUUUUCCCUGACUUUUGCUAAUUUGGAGUCAACCAAGGCGUUUUCUGAAGCUAUGCAUGCUCAAGCAAUACCUGCCAGUCCAAAUCAAGAAGAGAACCAGUCAUCUUGUCCAGUCGCACCUCCGUGUGCUUUUGGCCAAGAGAAUCUAACAGAUUGUGGGUUAAGUAAAGAUAAUUUAGAACUAUUUUGUUCUUCAGACAAAAACCAAGUUCAGGUCAUGGAGAGUCUAAAAUUUUCACAUGAUGUGUACUCUUGGAUGUAAACGUUUUGUUGACUUCGUAGUUGUUCAUCCUGUAUUUUUGUUUAAGUUAUGUUUUAAAGAAAUGACGUGUUUGAAACUGAAAGGUAUGGGCUGUGCCCUAUGCAUCACUUGCAAAUUGAACAUUGUUGGCUGUUGAAUAGUCGCUCUAAUCUAAUCUACAAUUGUACAUGUAUAUUUUUUAAAAUCUAAUAUAUUUUGUUUGUUUUUUUUAA